AAAAAUGAACGCUAUAAAAUAAAAGGCACUUAAAUGUUUGUCUUGUCAUCCCAGGUCACCAUAUCACUGCACAAUAUUCUCUUUACACCCAUGCUCGAUUUGUAUACACCACUAGAUCAACACAACUAUAUCCCACAAAACCCACCAUAAUUGUUAAAAAGUAAAGUGUCAGAAAGGUUUAACAAAGGUUAAAUAAAUUAAAAAAACUGAAAGCUGCUGCUAUGAGUCAUGUACAGCUAUCAAAAGGCUCGGAAUGCUGGGUAUCAAAUGAUGAAGGAUGUUGGGAUUCGGCAGAAAUAAUUGAUUUAAAAGAUCAUGGAGGAGGUAAAUGUGUAGCUACUGUCAAGAGGGGCGACGGAGAAUUGGACUCAGUCAAAUACCAAUCGUUACAGCCGAGGAAUCCAAGCGUCAAUGAAGCACCUAUAGACUUAACAACCCUAACAUAUUUGAAUGAGCCAUCAGUGCUACAAGCAUUGAGGUAUCGGUACGAAAAUCAACAUAUUUAUACAUUUUCAGGCAUAGUUCUCGUGUCUGUAAAUCCUUAUCAAUUACUUUCAGAACUCUAUAAUGAGUCUGUUAUUAAACGAUAUCAUGAAAACCAGGAAUGCACGAAAGAGCCCCAUCUAUAUUCCAUCGCCAGUGCAUGUUACAGUGCUUUAACUAAUGACAAUGAAAAUCAAACAAUUAUUGUCUCUGGUGAAUCUGGUGCUGGUAAAACUGUUGCGGCCAGAUACAUUAUGCGAUAUUUAACCUCUGUUCAGGCUUUGGACAAAACCAGUUCAAAACGGUCAGUAGAAAAUCAAGUACUUGCUACAAACCCUAUUAUGGAAGCCUUUGGAAAUGCAAAAACCGUUCGUAAUGAUAAUUCUUCAAGAUUUGGUAAAUACGUGACGAUAUCUUUCAACGAAGAGGCGGCUAUAACAGGUGCGAAUGUAAGUACGUAUCUUUUAGAAAGAUCUCGUGUCACGUCUUCUCCUCUUGGUGAACGAAAUUACCAUAUAUUUUAUCAAUUGCUUGCAGGUUGCACUGAAGAACAAAGAGAAAAGUGGCAUUUGAGGUCACCUUCCGAGUUUAAAUAUUUAUCACAAGGAAAUUGCAUGAGUGUAGAAGGUGUAAAUGACAAUGAUGAGUUUACUACAACUGCUAGCGCCCUUUCGACCGUUGGAAUUUUAGAAAAUCAACAAGAGGAGGUUUAUAAGUUACUCGCGGCAUUACUGCAUCUCGGUAAUAUUGCCAUCGUUACCAGCCGUAGUGAAGCUACAAUAAAAACUGAUGAUGAGCAUUUAUGUUAUGCUUCUGAAAUUUUAGGAGUUAAUUCUUCUGAAUUAUCUAAGCUAUUGUCAAAAAAGAUGUUGAAGACUCGGUCGGAAACAAUAGUAACAUCAGCUACUUACGAACAUGUGCUCAACACUAGAGAUUCUGUAGCAAAAUAUCUUUAUUCAACAUUAUUUUCAUGGGUUGUGCACAUGAUUAAUGCAUCAUUGGAUCACUCUAAGGUGAAAAGAUCUGCUUCAAAACAUAUUGGUGUUGUUGAUAUCUAUGGUUUUGAACAUUUUGAGAGAAACUCUUUGGAGCAGUUUUGUAUUAAUUACGCAAACGAAAAGCUCCAGCAGGAAUUUAAUAGGCAUGUUUUUAAACUCGAGCAAGAGGAGUAUGUUAGAGAAGGUCUUGACUGGGGACUUAUUGAUUAUGCUGAUAACCAAGGUUGUAUAUCUCUUAUUGAAGACAACCUUGGUGUAUUAUCCUUACUAGAUGAAGAAUGCAGACUUCCUUCUGGGACAGAUGGGUCCUUUUUACAAAAAUUAAACAACCAAGCCCCACAAAAACAUCCACUUUUCUAUAAAAAAUCUCGUUUCAGUGACGGAUCUUUUACAAUCAAGCACUAUGCUUCUGAUGUUACUUAUCAGGCUCAUGAUUUCUUAGCCAAGAACUCGGAUUCCUUACCGGUUGAAAUUAUUAACUUACUGAAGUCAUCUGAUAACCAGUUUGUAGCAUAUCUUUUGGACUUUGGCACUCAAUCCGUUGAUGCCCAAAAUGGUGCUACAAAAAAGAGGAUCAAUAAUAAAAAGCCAUCCCUCACAUCAAUGUUUAGAACAUCGCUGUCUCAUUUGAUGCAUACUAUUUCAGCUACAAAUGUGCAUUAUAUUAGAUGCAUUAAGCCAAACGAGGAAAAGUCAUCUUGGUCUUUCUCCUCCCCUCUAGUUUUAAGCCAAUUGCGGGCAUGUGGUGUUUUUGAAACAAUACGAAUCUCUUCUUUAGGAUUUCCAAAAAGGUAUUUUUAUGAUGAAUUUACGAAACGUUUCCGAGUACUUGUAUCCUCGCGAGACUGGAAUCAGGAUUCUAAAAAACUUUCUUUACAUAUCAUAUCUACGGUAUUACCUAAUACUAAUAGCGCUGAUUAUUUUCAAUUUGGCAAAUCAAAAAUCUUCUUUCGGUCAGGUGUAAUAGGACUUUAUGAAGCUCGCCGUCGAGAGAUAUGCAGUAAGUCUGUGUCAUUACUACAAUCUUUCAUUAGGGGGUCCAAUUCUCGAAAGAAAUACCGAAAGGUGAUGGAGUAUAUUGUAGGGAUUCAGUCCCUCUCCAGGGGAAAAUUGGCGAGAGAUCUCUAUGAAAGAAGAAAAAAAGAAAUAGCUGCUAUUGUAAUUCAGAAUCUUUGGAGAACCUAUGCUCAAAGGAAAAAGUUCAUUGCUUUCAAGAUUUUAAUCACAAGUUGUCAAGCCAUUGGUCGUGGAUAUUUGCUCAGAAUAAACUACGGAAAAAUACUUCGUAAUCACGCGGGUUGCUUAAUUUUAAUGAAUUGGCGCGCUUACCAUGCCAGGACCACAUUCCGAAAGUAUAAGAUGUCGAUUAUUGGUUUUCAAUGUUUGGUUCGAUCCGUCUUAACUCGCCGCUAUUUACGCCAAUUGAAAGACAAAGCUGGCAAGUCUAGCAUUUUGCUGGAAAAGAGGAAAAAAAUAAGAAAGUCUGUUGAUGAAGGAUCUUCACUGUUAGAAAACGCUACCAAAGAAGUUGUUGGCUUACGAAAUAAACUCUCUGAGAUGACUAAAUCACUAAAACGAUGGAAAAAUCUUUUUACUGAUCCUGAAUUAAAAGGCGCUAAUAUUAAUGAUAAUUAUAAGCAUGCAAGUGAACAUUCACAAAUUUCAGAACUUUUGCACGGGGAAAUUAAGUUACGACAAGCUGCCUUACAACUUUCAGCUGCCGCAUCGAAAUCUGACACGGUAUUCAUAAAAUCUCAGCUUGCUCGUGAUAAUCUUAACGCUUACUUUAAUGUAUUAAAAAAAACUGCGUCCAUGAAGUCCGAUUAUGAUACCAAAGGGCUGAACUCACGCAACAUAUUUUACACUCGUGAGCAGUAUCUUAAAUAUCAUUCUACACUAAUGUUCCUUCCUGAUCAUGAUUGGAAGAAUGCUGAAGAGAGGUAUAAUCUGAAAGGGCUCGAAACACUUUUAAAAUCGGAGCUGCUGCAUUCUGUACAAGGCAUCCAAUCAACCUUGAUUUCCGAUGAUUUUCUUGCUAUCCUAAAACAUUAUAACAAAAAGUAUUUAGAAUCUCAAAUGGUAGGAGAUUCUCUGGUGUUUGGAGGAAUUAUCAACCUAUUCAUAUAUUGUGGUUGUAUUUAUUCCCUGAAAGAAGAGCUUGAUCUAUUUGUUAGAAAGCUAAGUGGCUGCAUGUCUUCCAUCGCUGAGUUGUCUGAUCCUUCUUUAUACGACCCAAAUACGUCUACUAAAUUUAAGGUAGAAUAUUCCGCAUUUUGGCUGUCAAAUGUUCAUGAAGUUCGUUCCUUUGUUACAUAUUUACAGUCUCUUUGCGAAAAAGAUCUUUUCACUCGUAAAGACGAAACUUAUUGGAAUGGCUCGUUUUCAAAGCUUUCGAAAAUUACGUUGGAGGCCGAAGGAUCACUUUUCCAUUAUUUACGAAAAUCUGCUAGUCAAUUUAUUAAGGAUUCCUCCGAGGCUAUCUUAUGUUCACGACUUCUUGCAGAUCUAAUGGAUACAAACGUUGAGAUGGAAAAACGCCCUAAAUCAAAUAUGCAUCUACUGAUUGAAAAACUUGAUUAUGCAUACGGCCUUAUAUAUAAGUCAUCUUUACAAGAAGCUCCUUUAAAAGAAAUAACAACUUUAAUCUUGCAGGAUAUUGGAGAGAAUGCUUUCUCAAAGUUGAUAAACGGACGCGCAUCUUACACUUGGAAAGAUGGCUCUCAAAUAUCGUACAACACAUCUCUCCUUAUAAAUUGGUGUCAUCAAAAAGGAUUAAGUUACAGUAAUACUUCGCUCCUUCCUUUAAUGCAAUCUUCUCUGCUUUUUUCUUUACGGAAGAAAGACGAACAAGAUUUCAAAAUCAUUCUUUCUGUUUGCAAUUUGCUUUCUCCGUACGAGAUAAUUCGCUUGCUAGAUCACUAUCGUCCUAGUAUGGGAGAAGAACAAUUACCAAAGGCUUUUCUGAACGCUGUUGAGCAGGCUGCACGCAUUGUUAAUCCUGGUGAGAUCAAGAGAAAGGUCAAUUCUGUUGGUUUUAUACCUGCUUCCUCUAAUUUUUUAGUUCUAUUGGAGGAUAAUCAAAUUUAUGAUGAACUUCACCUCUCCGGAAUGAUCAAAGAAAUAAAGCAAAAGUUAGCAUGAUCUCUAGAUAGAGUUAACUUAAUUUAGUCUUUACGUUCGUUAUGGUCAUUUAAAACGCACACAUGGAAAUUCACUAAUGACAGUAUGUUUAUAUGUAUUAUUAAAUUCAAUUCAAUUUGUUAUAAGAUAUCAUAAAAUUAG